AUGGCUGUAAAUAUUUUUCUGCUGUCACAGCCAUGCCUCGUGCUAUCUGAGCAUGCCUCAUUCACCCAUACGCUCGAUGGUAACUUCGUCGAUAACGCUGGUCGUACCCUUCUACUGCGUGGAGUGAACCUAUCUGGUUCAUGCAAGGCACCCGUGAACCGGCGUUCCCAGGUUCUAGAUGGAUUUUGGGAAGAGGCAAAGACAGGCUGUGAGAAUUUCGUAGGCCGACCGCUGAAGCUGGAUGACGCGGACGAGCACCUCGCCCGCCUGGGGAAAUAUGAUUAUGAAUUUAUGGAUGAUACAAUAGAGAUACUGCGGAAAUGCAAAGCGCACGGGUGCAAAGUUUAUAUGAAUCCUCACCAAGACACCGUGAGCUUCUUCGCAAAAGCAUUGCUACUUUUUUCUAAUUCGCCGUUCAGUGCCAUAAUUCACUGCGAGUACCCCACUCCCGCGUCUCGCAACCCCGCAAAAUUGCCUGCCAUGAUAUGGUCAACAAACUACGGCAGACUUGUCUCGCACACCAUGUUCGCGCUCUUUUUCGGUGACUCCACGUUCGCCCCGAAAUGCAUCCUCGACCGGGUGCACAUUCAGGAAUACCUUCGGCCGCACUUCGCAAACGCUUUUGGAAAGUUGGUGGAACGAGUAGCAGCAGCUGGAGACCCUCUUGACGAAGUUGUCAUUGGGUGGGAUAGCAUGAACGAGCCAGCAGAAGGGCUCAUCCCAUGGAAUGACCUCAAUGCGUAUCCGGUGGCGCAGGGUUCCACAUUCAAGAAGGGCACCGUUCCGUCACCAGCGCAGAGCUUCCGUCUCGGUAUGGGCCAGAUGCAGACUCUUGACAACUACACUUUUGGCUCUGAUGUCACUAUCGACUCUAACGGUGUCAAGGCAUGGUCAGAUCCCUCCACGGAACCCGGAGGCAUUCACCCACGCUGGGGCUGGAGACGCGACCCUGGUUGGACGUUCGGUACAUGCGUACGGGCUUUGCACGAUGUAUGGGACGUGCAAAGUGGAUAUGUUACGCAGCCAGAUUAUUUCGCACGUGUUCCAGGAACAGAAGCGCCCGUACAUUUCCUGCGCGCCUUCUUCCUUUCCCAAUGUGCUCUUCACCUGAAGGCACCCCCCAUGUUUCAGGGCAGGGCAUGUUAUUCAACACAUUAUUAUGAUGGCCUGACACCCUUCAACGCUGAUGCCCUUGGUCUCCUGCGGGGAAAAUAUUCAACCCAAAUACAAGCUUUGUGCAUAGGUGAACGCGCCAUAUGGGACAGCCUUCAGAGCCAGCUCGGCUACCUGAAGGCAGACGCAACGCAACUAGAAAUUGGGACGCCUAUCAAUAUGGAUGUCAAGCGCUCGUAUGGGUACACCGACGGUGGCAAAUACAAGACGGUGUGGACGUGCUGCCCCGAUAGUUCACACCCUUGGGGGAAUGGGUGGAACAUGGAGGAUCUCAGCCUAUGGUGUAACGACUUGCGUGCAGGAGAAGUGGGAAGGGUCCCGGGCAUCCAGACGCCGUUCAAAUCGUCAAUGGCGUCGACUCUCAGCACAUCAACUCUUCCAAUAUAUCCUUCGCCUUACGCCAACUCUAGUGUCGAAGACGGCGAACCUGUGAAGUGCGAUCCCGCCUCUCUCCUAUCGUUCCUUACGAACUGUGCCACGUGCCCGGUCGUUGGUACCCCUACGAACAUCCAGUUCGACAUCUCCAAAGCGACCUUCCGCCUUACUCUCAAGGUCCACGCAGAAGAUAUACCUAUUAAUGAAGAUGAUGAUAUCGUACCUGGAAAGAAAGAACUGUACAAGGAUAGUUCCCUGCCCACCGAAAUUUUCUUGCCUUUCGUUCAUUUUGCCUUGGAUGCUUGCUUGAGCAAAGCCCUCGGUUCUGCCGCCCAGGACCAAGUCGACGAUUUCCUAGACGUUGGGCAGGAAUGGAUAAGCCACAGUUCAUCAGGAACAACGACACCUCGCGCGUACACGUCAUCGACCCUCACUCUUCCUUUGACUUCUCAAGCUGCGCUGUCACUAAUCAUAUUCAAGGAUGACUUGUACGACAUCGCUGUCACUGCAUCCGAGGGCCGCCUGGAACUUCUCGCGUCGGAGCAGAGGCUUCUCUGGUUCUACACUGUGCUGACGGAGAAGGAAGACAAGGAGCUGACGAUAGAAGUGCGCCGUUCAUCAGGUGCCAUCAAGGCCAACGCACUCGGGCUUGGAUAUACCACUUAGAGCAGAGCGAGAGAUGGGUGCGCCGGAUGGCUGGAGCAGGCGGGGUUGUUGGGCGAGGGGUGGUGCCUAAGGCUUGUUCGAUCAUGUGAAGUGGUGGUUAUCUUAUCUUAUGCUCUUUCCUUGACACAUCUAAUGGCGGCGGUCAAACAUUCUUUGUAGGAAAUAAUCAUAUGUAUCGUAUAUACCUCUUGGCUGCCUCUCGUAAGAUAGUACCAUGGACAUAUUAUUUUCAUUUUGGAAA